GGGAAGAGGAAGGGCGGAGAACCAUGGCAGCUCUGGUUGCUGUGUGCAGCGGUAUAGGGAGGAAGAACUUGACAGCUGCGGCUGACUGCUUCACGGAUCGCGGAACUCUCGCGGUUUCUGUGCUGUGGAGAAGAUGUUUUUCACAGUAUGAACAGAUAACCAGCAAUGAGGACCUGCCAAUCCCAAUGGAAAACCCCUACAAGGAGCCUCUUAAGAAGUGUGUCUUGUGUGAGAAACGUGUAGAUUACAAGAAUGUGCAGCUUUUGUCACAGUUUAUUUCUCCAUUUACCGGAUGCAUUUACGGAAGGCAUAUAACAGGUCUUUGUGGAAAGAAACAGAAGGAAAUAACUAAAGCCAUUAAGAGAGCUCAGAAAAUGGGGUUUAUGCCAGUUACAUACAAGGAUCCUGCAUAUCUCAGAGACCCUAAAGUUUGUAACAUCAGAUACCGAGAAUAAAGUUUGUAAAGUUCCUGCCAAUAAACCUAAAGACUGAGGCUGGGCCUGGUGGCAGAUGCCUUUAAUCCCAGCAUUUGAGGGACAGGGACAGGAGAAUCUGAAUCUCUAUGACUCCAAGGUCAGCCCAGCCUACACAUCAAGUUCCAGGACAGCGAGAGCUCCAGUGAGACCAUUCUUCAAAAAAAAAAGAAGAGAAAAUAUAGCCAUGAAUAAUGAAAACAAAAUUAAACUUGUAUAGCUAUCUACCAGAGGUUGUAGUCUCUAUUAUGGCAGUUAAAGGAAUACAAUAUAUACCCAACAAAUAUCAACUUUUCUAUUUAAGAUUUAUCUAUUUAUUUUGUGUGCAUUG